GCGGCGGUUUGCUGCUCCUGUAUUAUAGUUUAAAUAAUAGUUUGAAGUGGAUUUUGAUAUGUAAAAGUGGUGCGAUUUUAUGUAUUAACUGUCUACGCAUGUGAACUAUUAGUGGAAACGGUGAAACAAGUGCUCUGAUGGUGAUGGAUUCUCAAGAUAAGCUGUUUGUCUGCAUAGGCGCCUUUAGAUACCAUCGCCAACUGUCAGCUGUCUGCUGGCUCAAGUUGCCGUCAAAAUCUCCCAAGGGCUGCACAAUGUGACGCAUCAACAUAUUGUGAAGCAGUGAACUAUGAAAGAUAAUUAUACAUUUGGGAAAUUAUAAUAAACCGAAUAAAAAUACUCAAGACUUGGCCUAAAGGUCUAGAUACCAGGCCAUAAACUCCAAAAAAAAAUAUCUACUGUCUAAUGCAAAGGUCUAAUGUUCUGUGGUCUAUACCCACCCCAUGUAAACAAUACAAUAUAUUUAUUUUAGAAAACGAUAGUAUUGAAAAUGGAAUCAAAAGACCCCAAUACUAAUUAUGGAACAUGCCGGUUUUGUUUAGCGAAAGGCCAGCAUCAAGAUAUUUUUAAAGAAUACUACUGGAACGGUGCCAAGGAAGUUUAUUUGGAUAUAAUUAUGGAGUGCUUCAAUAUUUUUCUAUCCAAUAACACAGAGAUCAGCAAACUUGUCUGCUUGCUAUGUGUGAAUCGUUUGAGGGAUGCCAACAGCUUCCGCUUAAUGGUGGUGAACUCGGAGCAGCAAUUGCUCAAAACUAUCACUGACAAGGAGACUGUCUUUGUUAAUGUACCCUCAAGUGACCAUGUAUUGGAUACUGCUGGGGACGUCAAGGAGGAGACUCAAAUUGUGGUGAAAGAGGAAGUGUUGGAUGAAGAGAUACCUCAAGCUAUGGACUCUGAUUCUGAUUUCACACUGGACAACAACGAAAUUUAUGAUACCACAACGAAAGAUAACCAUCCCAUAUCCGAUGAAGAAAUGGUGGAUGGUGAAGCGGCAUUGCUCGCGCGGUUUCCAAUGAACACAUUAAAGUUGCCGACAAGGGAGUCCCUCCAACACACAUGUCCAAACUUCUUCCGUCAUCUUGAACUACUUAAAGGUAUUUAGAAAUUGUUACUAGUGUGAUUAACGUCCUUCAGACCGAAUUUUGGUCACAGCGGACAGUCUAGACACUAGCCAUCGGCGCAGGACAGGAUUAUAGUGCUCGAGUAUAUGCGCAAGCAUAGGUGCACUCUCUAUUCCCACAGUCUAGACAUAUUGAUGAUUGAAAUUACAUUUUUUGACAGUUCCGGAUCAAGCGACUUACAGGACCUGCCACCAAAGAGUAUAGUUAUGUCUGACGAUCGACAUUAUCGAACAGCCCGACAGGUCUCACAGAUCACAGAGUACUGAAACUCGAAAUUAUCCAUUUGAAUGACUCGACUUCGACUUACCCGGUUCUUAAGACAUAUCAAUAAUUGAAUGAUCGCAUCACUAGAAACGAAUGAAUUACUCAUGUCUACCUCACUCUCAUAGUCCGAUGGAACGGCAACGCGAUACGACAGGAGAGAGAUCACAGGACCUACGGCUUUACGUGCUUGAAGGCACGGGGGUGGAACACCGCCAACUUCCUGACUAGGGGUUGCGAAAUGCUCAGAUUUCUCAACUGAAAAUUCCAAUAAGUUAUUUUGUCCCGACCCGGGAUUCGAACCCGGGGCUUCAUGAUCAGCAAUCGUGAUUAUAACCACUACACCAACGAGCCAAGGUAGUGUAAUGUGAUUAAUGAAGUUUAAUAAUGAUGUCUUAAGUCUGAAAUUUGCAGUUUAUGAAUAAUAAUAAUAAUGUUACUUAAGUUAUUACUUCUGUCAGCAGUCCCCAAGGACUACCAUUUUUUUUUAAUAAUCAAAUUGAUUGGCUAUGCCUAUAAAUUGUUAAAGUUAAAGUUACAGACUAUUUACGUCCUACAGCUGGGUACAGGCCUCCUCUAAUUUCUGAGAGGGUUAUAGGGCAAGGAAAUGUCCGCCGCGCUGCCCCAAUGCCUGUUGGCGAACUUCACACGUCUUCGAAAUAUUUUUUUCUUAUUUCUCAGUCAUGCCGGUUUCCUUACAAUGUUUUCCUUCACCACCGAUCACGAGGUAAAUCAGCACUUAAAAUUGUAAUUAACAAUUUCAUUGGUGCCGGCGGGAAUCGAACCUGGGUUGCUAGCGUACUGUAAAACUUACAGCGAGCGCUAACCAUCUGAGCUACCACGGCUCGGCCUAUAAAUUGACAAGGAAUAAAUAAAGUCUCUCCACCAAAAAGUAGCAGUAGAUGGCAUUUUAAAUAUAUAACUUUAACAUUACUUAAAUUUUCAAAUUCUAAUUAAAAAAUAAUCAAAUAGUUGGUCCUCUUUCAGGCAAAGUAAUCUUACCAAGAAUGAUAGCAAAGCUUCUAGAAGAUUCAGACAAACAACAAAUAUCUUUAAAAAAAAGAAAGCUGUACAUAACAGAGAAGGUGGCGCACAUUUUAAAUGCUUCGACGCUUCUAGAAAAUUCCAACGCAACUCCCUUCAAAAGCAGGAACCGAUCGGGAUUCCCUUGCGUUUACUGUCGCUGUAUUUUUGAUAAUUUGGAGAAAUUGCAGGAACACCAGGCUAAAUCACACAAGAAGUCAGAGAUUAGAAAGAUAUUGGGCACAUAUGGAGCGGAAUGCUUUGUCGUUUAUGUGGAUAUAACGAAUUUGAUGUGUACAGUAUGCGAUAGCAGAAUGCAGAAUUUAAACGAACUAAAAGAUCAUUUGAUAAAAGUACACAAAAAGAAAAUGCAUACUGAGUUCACAGACAGAGUCAUUCCGUUCAAACUGUCAGAGGACAACAUCUACGAGUGUCAGAUAUGCGGCUUCAAGUUCGAAACAUUCGGCUCAAUUGAACGCCACAUGAACGUACACUACAGGAACUACGUCUGCGAGGAAUGUGGCACAGGAUUUGUGACCAAAUACCGUUUGAAAGUUCACACAAAAGCGAUGCACAUCGGCGGCAGUUUCCCUUGUGAGAUCUGUAACAAAGUGUACAGCACUCAGCAAAAACAGAAGAACCACGUCGACACUGUCCACAAGAUGGUGAAGAGGUUCAAAUGUACACAGUGCCCGGAAAGGUUUUCCGAGUACUUCCGAAGACAAAAGCACUUAGUGGAAGUACACGGGGUGGCCCCGUUGCAGUACAAGUGUAAUGUAUGUGACAAAUCUUUCGACAGGAGGUACACUCUAUCAAGACAUAUGAAGCGGGAUCACUUGGAGGAGAGAGACUUUCACUGCCACUUGUGCUCAUAUAAAUGUUUUACAAACAACGAACUGAGGGUCCAUAUGGUGAAGCAUAAUGGUGAGAGAAUCUACGAGUGCUCUGUUUGCAAGAAGUCCUAUGCUAGGAAGAAGACCCUAAAGGAGCAUAUGCGGAUUCACAAUAAUGACAGGAGGUUCGCUUGUGCGGUGUGCGGUCAGGCUUUUGUACAGAAGUGCAGCUUAAAAGGUCAUAUCAAAACGCACCACAUGGAAUAUAGUAUACAUUGACAGCAUUUAUGUAAUAUUUUUUAUAAAAAAACGUAACCCAAUUGAUUUAUUCAUAUGAUUUAAGUUCUCCCUUUUUUUUUGUUGAUAAAAUUGUUUAUCCGAGUGCGAAUACACUACAUAAUAAGUUUAACAAUCGGAAACUGAAAACAUUUAUAAAAAGAAAGUGUCACGAAAAUAUUUGGCAGUGCAACACUUGUAAAUGUGUUUUUGCUUCUAGUAAUAAAAAAAUAAUUUUGUUCGAUAAAUGUUUUUAACUUAUAAGGGUUCUAUCAGACAGGAAGCGGUCACGCGUUCAAGCGUGCUGCGUUCUAGCGUUCAGUUUUUUUUUUUAUAGUAUAGAGUGACAAACGAGCACACAGUCCACCUGAUGGUAAGUGGUUGCUGUGACCCAUAGGCAUCCACAUCUAUCCUGAAUAAUAAGGAAUCAAAAUGCAAAUGUGUUGUCACCCGUGAGGACUAAGAUGGAAUGCCUCUUUUCCAGUAAAUAGGGUUUCCGGUUCUCUACCCUCACCAUACGAAACACAGCAGCAUUAAGCUUCUAUUCUGUGAGAGCGUGGUCCUACCCCGGUCGAGUUUACUCGUUUGUGGUACAACUACCACGUAAAAAACUACCCACGACGACUCAAGAAACUCGCUGUGGAGGGUCUACCGGUGCCCCUACAGUCACCAUGUAUUUUGACUAUAGUUCUUCAUCGGAAGACGAAUUAUUGAUAUUGUGGACAUUAGCAGCAUCAAAACGGAAAAAGAAACAUUUCUCUUUUAUAAUUCAUUUUCGGUCGCCAUUUCUCUGGCGAUUUGUAACUAAGCCUCUGCUACUUUUCCUCAGUUUUUAUAAUCAUCAUUCUUCACAGUAUACCGAGUGAUGAUAAAGUUAUUAGAUUAAAUAAAAAGACGUAUCCUACGUAUAUUUCUUUAAACGUACAC